AUGGUGCCGCAGCGUGUCGUGCCGGCAGAGGUGGCACGGCAGGUGGCACAGCGAUGGCAGGGUCUCGUGCGGCUCCCUUCUGACGUGGUCGACUCCCUGACAGCCUACUUUGCUGAGAGCGGCCUGAACAAGCGCCAUGCCCGUGAGCGUGUGAUGGCCCUCUCGGAGGACCUGCGCCAGCUGUCGCGCUCGCAGGCACGCGGCGGCAUCCAGCCCUACCGCGCGCUGCCCGGCGGCGCGGAGGCCGCCGCGGCAGGGGCGGCAUCGCGGCAGCUUGCCGGCCCGCAAGCGUUGCAAGAGCCGGCCGAUGGCUGGGAGGCAGAGGAACAGACGCUGUUGCUGCCCGGCCCCGGGGUCGUCGCCAACGCGCCGGCGGCGGCGCCGGCGCCCGGGCCAUGGGGCGUUGGGGGUCCAUUGGCCAUGCGUACACGCAGCGGCCGGCUGUCGGCCAAGGGCAAGCACGCGCUGGAGGACAAGGCGGCGACGAUGGGCCUCCUGGCCCUGUCGCCAGAGGAGCUGCGCGCAUGGUUCGGCCUGCCGCCGCCCAUAGCCACCUCCGCAGAGGAGGAGGCCGCGCGAGCCGCGGCGCCGUCCUAUGGGCUGCCGCAGGCGCAGGCGUACGCGCUAGCACGCAUGGCGGCGUCCAACGCCGCGCUGAGGCAUAUCUUUGCUGAGCUGGCGGGCCGUCUGCCGGGCUUCAGGCCGCGCGCGAUGCUGGACUAUGGUGCCGGGCCCGGGACCGCCAUCUGGGCAGCGCAGGAGGGAGCAUGCUGA